GAUAUACUCUUGCGCUCCUUUUUCUCAUAUUCCUCCUUUUAUUCUUCCUUACUCAUCACUCGAGUCUCUCCGUACCGACUACUCCCUUUUCAAACUCAAAUUUACUAUUUAUUUAAAUUACCAAACAACAGUCAUCAACUAUUUAUCACUAUAAUUAAAAAUGUGUUGUGUUUCAAUUAAUUAUUAAAGUGAUUAAUUAUUUUAAAAAUGUGUAAUAAGUGAAUAAAAUAAUUAAAUAAUAAAAUAAUUAAAAAACCACAAGGGUAAUUAAAUUUAAAAAAUGUUAGUACCAGCAGAUAUGCUGGCGUCACAUUCAAAAAUGGUCUAUCAGAUAAACAAAUAUUUUGGUGAGCGUGUGAUGACACGUAAGACACAAGUCGCUAAAACAAUUCAGGAAGUAUGUCGUGUUGUACAGGAUGUAUUAAAAGAAGUUGAGGUACAGGAGCCAAGAUUUAUAUCAUCUUUGACGGAUUACAAUGGAAGAUUUGAUGGUCUUGAUGUAAUAUCACCGACAGAAUUUGAAAUCGUAAUUUAUUUAAACCAAAUGGGUGUACUAAAUUUUGUGGAUGAUGGUACACUGCCUGGUUGCGCUGUUCUCAAGCUAAGCGACGGUCGGAAACGAUCAAUGUCACUGUGGGUUGAAUUUAUAACCGCGUCUGGUUAUCUAUCUGCCAGGAAAAUACGAUCCCGUUUUCAAACAUUGGUAGCACAAGCUUGUGAUAAAUGCGCGUAUCGUGAUUCUGUUAAAAUGAUUGCUGAUACUACGGAAGUUAAGUUGAGAAUAAGAGAACGUUAUGUUGUACAAAUAACACCGGCAUUCAAAUGCGCGGGUCUUUGGCCGAGAUCCGCGAGCCACUGGCCGAUUCCUCAGAUUCCCUGGCCGCAUCCUAAUAUUGUGGCGGAAGUUAAGGCAGAGGGAUUCGAUAUGCUGUCGAAGGAGUGCAUCGGACUACAGGGAAAACAGUCGGCGAUGGAAGGAGACGCAUGGGCUCUGUCUUUUAUUGAUGCUGAGAACAGAUUACUCCAGGGCGCGAGUCGCAGACGCUGUCUGAGUAUUCUCAAGACUUUGAGGGACAGGCAUUUAGAUUUGCCGGGUAAUCCGGUCACUAGUUAUCAUAUGAAAACUUUGCUGUUGUAUGAGUGUGAAAAACAUCCCCACGAAGCAGAGUGGGAUGAAAGUUGUCUAGGUGACCGGAUCAAUGGAAUAUUUUUACAAUUGAUAUCCUGCUUGCAAUGCCGCAGGUGUCCGCAUUAUUUUCUACCGAAUUUGGAUUUAUUUAAAGGAAAAUCACCAAGUGGACUAGAAAACGCGGCCAAACAAGUCUGGAGACUCACGAGGGAAUUAUUGACGAACACACGAGCGUUAGAAAAACUCUAGUGAUUUUAAAUUUAUUUUUUUUUGUUUAUUUAAAUUAUUUAUUAUUGUUUUAUCAUUAGAUUGUUUUUUAAAUUUUGUGAUGUGAAAAAUAAAAUAAGUGCCAUAAAAAAAAAUAAUAAUUUAUUUAAUUUUUUCUAAACGGCAUUUAAUGUUUAUUAUUAUGUUAAUUAAUAAUUCUUUAAUUACUUAAUUAUAUUGAAUGUGAU